ACUGUUAGCCACCCACCGUCCGUUUUCAUAUCUUUUCAUUUGAAGGAUAGAGAGAGAGAGAGAGAGAGAAUGGCUGAGAUUGCAGUUCAGUUCGUCAUACAAAGACUGAAUGAUUUUCUAACUCAAGAAGCAGAAUUGCUACUCGGAGUAGAUGGACGGAUCAGAUCACUUCGAGACAAACUUGAAUGGAUGCAUGCCUUACUCAAAGACCUCCAUGGGAAUCGCAGAGAGAAUGACAGAGUAAAGGUUUGGGUAGCUCAAAUAAGAGAAGCAGCUUAUGAUGCCGAGGACAUCAUCGACUCCUACAUCUUCAACAUUGAAAAGCAACGAAGAGAAACAAGUGCUGGAUUCAAGAGAUCCAUACGAAGUUUUGCUUGUUGCAUCAAAGACAUACCAACCAUCCACAAUCUUGGAAAGAAGAUCAGCGACAUAGAAAGAAGGCUCAAUCAGAUUUCAUCCAACAGAUCAGAUUACGGCAUCGGCAAUAUACCAGCAUUACAAGAAGCUUCAUCUUCUUCAAAUCAAAACCAGAUAUGGAGGCAAAAGAGGGCUCCUAUCGUCGAGGAAGCCGAUGUCGUUGGUGUUGAAGAUGAGACAAAGACACUGGUGGGGCAGCUGAUUGAAGGAGAUGCGCGGCGUGUUGUCGUUUCGAUUACUGGUAUGGGAGGAAUAGGUAAGACUACUCUCGCUAAGAAAGUUUAUAAUAACAUCCAUGUAAAGAAGAGUUUUGAUUUUCAUGCUUGGGUGUAUGUGUCUCAAGAAUAUCAUGUGAGAGAGCUUUUAGUAAGUAUUAUAAAUUACUUUACAAGCCUCUCGCGAGACGAAAUGGAUUCUACUUCUGAGGAAGUUUUGGGGAGGAAGCUCUUUGAGUACUUGGAAGGGAAGAGAUAUCUGGUGGUAAUUGAUGAUAUAUGGACCAGAGAUGCUUGGGAUGGUUUGGUCGCUGCGUUUCCAGAUAAGGCAAAGGGCAGUAGAGUGCUGCUCACGACUCGCAAUGAAGAAAUAGCCAAGUAUGCAGAUGCACGGAGCACACCUCAUAAAAUACGUUUUCUUGAUGAAAGUGAAAGCUGGGUAUUGUUUUGUAAGAAAGCACUUCCUGGAAAUCUUGCUCCUUCAUGCCCUCUAAAUCUGGAGGAAUUGGGGAGAAAGAUCAUUGCGAAAUGUGGAGGUUUACCUCUAGCUAUUGCAGUAUUAGGAGGCGUCCUAUCGAGGAAAGAGAAGUCAGUGAAUGAGUGGGAUAAAGUGCUUAAACGAGUGGAAUGGUGGUUACAUGAAAGCAAAGAAGAUGGGAUAUUGGGGAUAUUGGCGUUGAGCUACCAUGACAUGCCCUAUUACUUGAAGCCCUGCUUUCUUUAUUUUGGAGCUUUUCCUGAGGACUUUGAAAUCCCUGUGGCGAAAUUGAUUAAGAUGUGGAUAGCAGAAGGAUUUGUACAGAGAAUAGGAGAAGAAGAAGUGGAGGAUGUUGCUGAGGAUUAUCUCAAUGAGCUCGUCGGCAGAAGCUUGAUUCAGGUAGCGGAAAGGAAGAGCAAUGGAACAGCUAAAACAUGCUGUAUUCAUGAUCUUCUACAUGACCUCUCAAUAGCAAAAGCCAAGGAGGAGAUAUUUCUGGAAGUGUAUAGGAACAUAGCGUCUACAUCACCGAUGAAAGCACGCCGACUUGCAAUUACUUCUGGUGAUAUCAGUAAGUCCAUUUCUCUUAACCGCUCCAUUCCACAUCUCCGUUCUCUGUUGCACUUCAGCAGAGAUAGAGAAAUGCACUUCAGCAGAAAUAGAGAAAUGCUCGAGAAACCGCAGUUGAAAAUUCUUGUUGGAGCUUUUAAAUUUCUUAGGGUGAUGCAUCUCCAAAUCCAUGGAAUCUCUGAUCUCCCUGAUGAAAUUGGGUACUUAAUCCACUUGAGGUAUCUUUGUCUCAAGGUGCGCUGGUUAAAAAGUCUACCAUCCACCAUAACCCGCCUCUCCAAUUUACAGACUCUCGAUCUACGGCAUACAGGCGUCAACAAGCUACCAGAUGAUGUAUGGAAGAUGAAACAGUUGCGGCAUCUACGGCUAUCGAAAACUUCAGAGAAAUGUAAAAUCAGUGAAAGCAUGCAACUCCAUCGCUUAAGCAAUCUCCAGACUCUAGAAGUAGUAGAGGCAGGCAGCUGGAUAGAAGAAAGGUUGGAAAGAAUGACCAAUUUGAGAGAAUUGGGAAUAAUGGGAGAUUUCAAAAUUACAUUAUCCCAUUCCCUUUGUAAAUUGAAUCACCUUAGAUCAUUGUGGCUAGAGGUGAGUUGGGGAUGCAACUCAAUUCUACCUUUGGCGUCCUUCUUAAAUCAUCAGCAUCUGUAUAAUAUGAGUUUGAGUGGAACCUUAGAGAAAUUACCAUCUUUGCAUGAAUUCCCACCUAACCUCACUCAGCUAAACUUGGAGAGGUCCCAGUUAGAACGAGACCCAAUGGGAGUGCUGGAGAAGCUGCCGUAUCUUCGAAUGCUUACAUUGUGUAAUGUGGGAUGUUACAAGGAAAUGGUGUGCUCUGUUGGAGGGUUUCGUCAGCUCGAGCAUUUGUGGAUUCUUAACUUGGAUGAAUUAGAGGAAUGGAGAGUGGAGGAAGGAGCAAUGCCUAAUCUUAGAUUCUUAGAGAUUCUUAAGUGCAGAAGAUUGAAAAUGGUUCCUGAUGGAUUGGGACAUGUUACUACCCUUCGAGAAUUGGUGAUAAAAAAGAUGCCGGAAGAAUUCAAGGAAAGGGUGAGAGAAGAGGGAGUGGACUGGUUCAAGAUCCGACGCAUACCCUCUCUUAUCAUCAAAGGCCACUAAGGAAGGCUUUUUUCUUCUUUUUUUUUUUUUUUCCUCAUGCAAUUCGCUGUAUGACUUCAAUGUAGCCUUAUUUCAUUUCUAAUCUUCAAUGUAACCAUAUCUCAUUUCUAA